CCUCACUCCUGUCCAGGUGAAGAGUGAAGAUGAUGGAGCAACCAGCAGCUGGACUCAACACAUGAAGACAGAAGCUGAUGGAGACACCUGUGGAGGAGCAGAAGCAGCCAGUGACUUGGAUACACCUCUCCUCCCUGACCACCAGAGGUCGCCUUGUUCUGACUCUGACACGGAUGACAGUGAGGACUGGAGAGACACCAGAGACACUCGAUCAGUCAAGUCUGUGGAGGAUCCAAUGGUUUGUGUCAGUGAGAAGGAAGGUGAUGAUGAGACACUCACCUGCUCUAAAUGUGGGAAGAAAUGUUCUUCAAAAUCUCGACUGAAUCAACACACGGAAUACUGCAGGGGACCUUUGAAUUGUACAGUGUGUGGCAAACUUUUUCGAUGGCGACGUGAUCUGAAUCUUCACAUGAGACUUCACACUGGAGAAACACCUUUCAGCUGCUCUCAGUGUGGUAAAUGUUUUACACAGAAGGCACAUCUGAAAGUGCACAUGAGAAGUCAUACUGGAGAAAAACCUUUUGAAUGCUCUCAGUGUGGUAAAUGUUUUGCGCAGAGACCUCAACUAACAGCCCACACAAGAAUUCACACUGGAGAAAAACCUUUUGAAUGCUCUCAGUGUGGUAAAUGUUUUGCGCAGAGACCUCAACUAACAGCCCACACAAGAAUUCACACUGGAGAAAAACCUUUUGAAUGCUCUCAGUGUGGUAAAUGUUUUGCGCAGAGACCUCAACUAACAGCCCACACAAGAAUUCACACUGGAGAAAAACCUUACAGAUGCUCUCAGUGUGGUCAAUGUUUUGCGCUGAGCCAUUACCUGAAGGUUCACAUGAGAAGUCACACUGGAGAAAAACCUUUCGAAUGCCCUCAAUGUGGCAAAUGUUUUACGGCCCGCCAAUCUAUGAAAAUACAUUUGAGUAGUCACUCUGGAGAAAAACCUUACAUAUGCUCUCAGUGUGGUAAAUGUUUUACACGGCGAGGGGGGCUGAGUACUCACAUGAAAAUUCAUACUAGACAAAAUUCAUUCAGUUGCCCUCAGUGUGGUAAAUCUUUUAAGCUGAGCCAAAGCCUGAAGAGACACAUGAGAUAUCACACUGGAGAAAAACCCUACAUCUGCUCUCAGUGUGGUAAAGGUUUUGUACAGAGCCAUUACCUGAAGGUGCACAUGAGAAGUCACACUGGUGAAAAACCUUACAUUUGCUCUCAUUGUGGGCGAGGUUUUCAUGUGAACAGUCACCUGACGACACACAUGAGAAUUCACACUGGCGAAAAUCCUUUCGUUUGCUCUCACUGCUUUAAAGGUUUUCCGCGGAACAGUGCACUGAAGAUGCACAUGAGCAGUCACACUGGAGAAAAACCAUUCAGAUGCUCUCAGUGUGGUAAAGAUUACAUGCGGAUCCGUUCCCUGACGAAGCACAUGAAGAGCCACACUGCAGACUAACUUUGUCCUGCUCUAACUGUGAUGUGUGUUUUUCACAGAGCAGGAACUGACUCUCUUGAGACUUUAUAUUGGAGAAAAUCCUUUCAUCUGAUGUUGGUGACCAUGUUUUCCUCGCAGUUUAGAACGCCAUGCUAUUUCCUUUGUGUGGAUUUGGUGCCCGUGUUUCUCAUGAUCAGAGGCCACGUGGAGAGAGUCUGAGGACUGAGGUUCACGAUCAUAGGUUCAAACAUAUUUUAAAUACACUGACAGUGACAGUAAGGACUGGAGACAAACCAGCAACACUCGAUCAGUCAAGUCUGUGGAGGAUCCAAAGGUUCGUGUCAGUGAGAAGAAAGGUGAUGUAGAGUCACUCACCUGCCCUAAAUGUGGUUAGAAAUGUUCUUCCAAAUCUCGACUGAAUCAACACACGGAAUACUGCAGGGGACCAUUGACUUGUUCAGUGUGUGGCAAACAUUUUCAAUGGCGACGUGAUCUGAAUCUUCACAUGAGACUUCAUACUAGAGAAACACCUUUCAGCUGCUCUCAGUGUGGUAACUCAAUGCUCAAUGGUGAACUCAGUCGUGACUAAGAGACUCGAGAGAUGUUGGAUUUAUUCAACGCACUGCUUUUAGUGGCUGUCGUCAGACUUUUCACGUUGUUAUGGCCUAAACUAAACUUGUGUUGUGUAUUUGGUGUGUUAUUUAACAUUGAUCGCUCUGAAGUUGUGCGGAGCAGAGAGUCCACACCUCCUGCUCUGGAGUGAGCUGUGCACUGACGUCACACACUCAUGGAACUGAUCGGCCUCUGCCUUUAUGUGCCUGUUAUUAAACACAAUAUUACUCUAUUGAAUGGAGACAGAUGACAAUGGUGAGGUGAAGCUAAGCUUCGAGCACACCAGCAGCAGACAAGCGCCACAGGAAUCUCACUCUGUUGUGCAAACCGACCGAUACACUCUGUUCUGCUCUUCAUCUUGAUGAAAAGGGAGCAAUGAAAGAUAAAUACAUUUGAAAAUACUCUGU